UUAAGUGAGAGACAAAGAGUUGUGAUUUUUCUUAAUGCAUUGAUUUACAAUAAUUAUAUAUUACACCAAUAUGUGUAUGUAUUUUUAUGUAGUUCUAUCAACAAUGUUUUUUGACAAAUAAAAUCCACUAAUAUGUGAAUAUUAGUAUGGUCAGCUGCUGGCUCCACAUUACAUUUAUCAAUUCAUUGUAGACUCAACGAACAGGGAAGAAAUUGGUAAUCAUGGUCUCAAAUGUAGCUUUGCUGUGUCGCAUGGUUGCAGUGGUGGCGAUCACGUUUCUUGUGGUCUUGUUCUGGUUCUCAUUUCUCAACAACUGCCCUCCAAUUCAACAGCACCAGCAUUUAGAAAAACUUCACACGUCUGUCAAUGCCACUGCGAGAUCUAAUAUAAUAAAGGAAGAGAAACCGAUACUGUUGUUAUGGUUCUGGCCUGAAGACUUCCGGUUUAACCUGAGCGAUUGUCAAACCAUUUUUAAUAUUGACAGUUGUUUUUUGACGGACAACAGAUCGCUCUACAGCAACGCAGACGCUGUCCUCAUCUAUCACAAAUCCAUUAGCUGGGACCUGUCCAACCUUCCACCGUCUCCUCGCCCAGCGUUCCAGAAGUGGAUAUGGUUUAACCUCGAAUCACCGACUAACACGGCAAGAAAACCAGGUAUUGAAAACUUGUUCAACCAUACACUUAGCUACAGACAGGACGCAGAUAUUUUUACAAGGCUGCACUUGACUGUCAGAAAAACUCCAGAUGAAAGUUUCCAAAUUCCCAAGAAGGAGAAACUGGUCUGUUGGAUCGUAAGUAACAAUAAUGCCGGGUCGGGUGUUGGCACGAGGAACGCCUAUUACAAUGAACUCAAGAACCACGUCUACAUACAUAUGUACGGAAAGGCUUAUGGGACGUUCCUGGACCACAAGGACUACUAUUCCACCAUAGCCAGCUGCAAAUUUUAUCUCUCCUUCGAAAACUCAAUUCACAAAGACUACAUCACUGAGAAGUUCAAUGGACCUCUGGCAGUAGGUACUGUACCUGUGGUGCUGGGACCUCCAAGAAAAAACUAUGAAAACUUUGUACCAGGCGAUGCUUUUAUUCACGUAGAAGACUUCCCAGACGCAAAGUCUCUAGCAGAAUAUCUUAUCCGUCUGGACCUGGAUGAAGAGGCGUAUCGCAGGUACUUUGACUGGAGGAGACAUUUCUCGGCUCGACCUCAUUUACUACAGCAACAAGAGUUUGAUCUGCCCAUCUGCACGGCCUGUGAAUAUAUAGCAACACACAAAGACUAUAAAGAAAUGCAUAAUCUCUAUGACUGGUACAACAAUUAAUUCAAUGAUUUCGUAUUGCGUAUUUGAAGUUAAAAACUGCACUGAGUGUGAUGAAGGAUUUUCGUUCACUGCACGAAAAUCUAACGCAUGACAUACAUAAAUACACUGUAAAAAAAUUCCAUAGAAAUUGCAGCUGGGUUGCCGGUAACUUACCGUAGAUUUAAAUGUAUGUUUUUUACUGGCAACAUUUUGUUCAAAGUUAAAUGAACAUUAAACGUUUACAAGUCUUUGUCUUUACAGAGUAAAACUAAAACACAGAAUCAAGCAAAACAUUCUGGGAAAUAAAAUCUGAACAAAAAAAAAAAAAACAGAAAAAGGUUGAUGAUGAUUUCUGGUUCCCAGAAUGUUUUGCAUGAGGCUGUU